AUGCCUCAUCAUCAACGUCGAAAGUCCGGACCUUACUCUGCCAACUCAUCUACAACAGACGUACGAAAGGCUGUUACCGCCACGCCCACGCAGUACAAGCGACCAGCCAUGACACGACGACACACUCCAUCCAAUGCCCAGAAGCUCGGGCGAGGCAACCGAGAGCACAACAGCGAAGUCUGGGACAAUGACGAGCGGGAGAGCUUCCCCCAGUAUUGCAUGACCUGCGAGAAGCAGUUUGUCCCCUACGACGAGAUGUUCUUGUACUGCUCUGAUGCAUGCCGCCGAGUUGACCAGAAUUCGUCUUCGCAGCAGGCCGCCACGGUUCACAGCUACUACGGUGCCGUGCACAACUCCUACGCUCACUAUCCUGGAGACAAGUCCGAGCCCCGAGACAUUGUGCCGCGCGCCUCACCAUCGAGGCCCAGCUCGAUGCACUUCAGCAACUCUCCCCCAGCUUCUCCAGGCACCACACUCAACUACCACACCUCUGCCAUGUCCGCCUUGCGAUCCCUCAACGUGAGGCCGCCAAGCCCUCCAUCACCCACGGGCAGCGGUAUCUGGCCCUUCAGCCGCAGCUCAGCUACCAGCCCCAACAACUCGUACACGCGACCCUCUACUAGCGGCUUCUUCUCGUCGGCGAGCACCUACGAUCUGGGCUAUGGCGGCGCCUACUCACACGACACUGCAUCUGGAGCCAUGGACCGGCCACUGCCCUCGCGAAACCCCGGCAGCAGCUCGCGGCCAAAGAGCAUCGAGCUUGUCAUCCCCAUGCUGUCUCGGUGA